AACAAAUCCUUUUCAACGUGGUAUUUAAAUUUGUAAGGUGUCCUGUUUUUCUUGUCGCUGAAAUUAAGGCAGUUUAUUGAAUCUUUUGCUUUAAAAUUUAUCCCAGUGCUUUUAUUAAUUUUCAAAUUAAAAUUACAAUGCCAGAUUUAGAAGCUUCUGUUGGAGAAAAUGUAGGCGAUGGCACUGAUGUUCCAAAAAGUGCCGCACAGUUGAAGAAAGAAGCAAAAAGAAAAGAAAAAUUGGAAAAAUUUAAGCAAAAACAAGAAAAAAUUCAAGCAAAAACUUCUGACAAACCCAUUAAAAAGCCAAAAGAGAAAAAAGAAAAAGAAGUAUUAACUUAUGAUAAAAAUAUUACUCCUGGAGAAAAGAAAGAUAUUUCUGGUCCAAUGCCAGACGCAUACAGCCCAAAGUAUGUUGAAGCUGCGUGGUAUGCUUGGUGGGAAAAGUCUGGAUUUUUUAAACCUGAAUUUUUAAAUAAAGAUUUCACUAAAGUGAAAGAUGAAGACAAAUUUAUUAUUGUUAUACCUCCUCCUAACGUAACUGGAAGUUUGCACGUUGGACAUGCAUUAACAAGUGCAAUUGAGGAUUCUAUAACUCGAUG